CUAGUCGGGCGCUUAAUGCGAAAAUUUGAAUGGAGACGGCGCCAACAGAAGAGACAGCUGCAAUGAGUUCUUCUCUGCCAAGUCUUUAUGGCUCAUAGGCAUCACCUGAGCCUCCUCUUGAGGGCUGUUAACGGGACUCACGGAGACCCUCAGCCUCUUCCUAUCCUAAUCCUCUAAAUCUUUUCCAUUUCAUUCAUAACUUCGUAUUCUGCUCUUCUUCCAAAUCUAUGAUCUCUCUCAAAUCUGAACCCUCGUUUUGAAACCCCCUUACUACUCUCUGUUCCUCAUUCUCGAACAUGGCCUCUAUCAAGCACUCCUCUCGUUAUCCCUCAUUGGAUUCUCGAUCUUCAGCGUCUUCUCAAGUCUCUGAUCCCUCCUCGUCGUCCGAGCUCAAGAACCCCAGCAAGAAUCGUUCUGCUCUCAAACGCCUAAUCGCCGGCUCAGGCAACCGACGUGGAUCGCCCGAUCCCGUUUCCAUGGCGGAAAAUUCCUCUCGCAUUCUUUCUAAGACAAAGUGUUCUGAUCUAGCUCUGCCUAAGGUCAAGAACGAGCAGAACUUGAGUGCUAUGGUAAAGAAGUUCAUGGAGAAGAGAUCAAUGCCCAAGACGGGAUCCAAUAAAACGCAACUGAUUAUUCCAGCUGAUUUUAUUGCGGAGGAUCUGAAGAAGACGGGAGCUAAAGGCUCAACCUUUUCUGCUCUUCCCAGGAAAUUGUUCCAGAAAGGUUCUUCAGCAACACAUCGAAUUGAGGCAAAGGCAUUGACGGAGGUCAAGUCAAAUACCAGGACAUUAGCCAUGGUGCUUAGGAGCGAGAGAGAACUACUGACACAGAAUAAGGAGUAUGAGAUGGAGAUCUCGGAGCUCAAAUUGAUGCUAGAGGAGAAAAAUAGAGAGGUUGAAAAGUUGAAAGACUUGUGCUUGAAGCAAAGGGAAGAGAUAAAGUCCUUAAAGAGUGCCAUUUUAUUCCCAGAUGUUAUGAAUUCCCAACUUCAGGAACUCCUGGAGAAGCAGGGCUCAGAGCUGAAACAGGCAAAACAACUCAUCCCAACUCUCCAAAGACAAGUCACUUCUCUUACAGGGCAGCUCCAAAUUCUUGCAGAGGAUCUUGCGGAGGUGAAAGCAGAUAAAUUUGCAGCUAGGGCAUGUUUUGAAGGUCAUGUCAACUCUCCAAAAACGCCAUCAUAUGAUCAACAAGCGGCUAAUUCUUUGGAAUAUAGUUCUGGGGAUUCAAUAACCCCUGGUAGUCCAGAUGACAUGUUGCUCAAGGAUUUGAAUCCUUGCUUGACACCUUAUUAUUCCAUGAUGAAAUCCAAGGAAUUUGAGAUGAGGGGCUACAAUUCACCACCUGAAGAAACUUUUGAGAGCGAUAUACAGGUCUGGGAAGAGAAUGCUGUAGGGUUUCAGGGCGAGAAACUGUCAAAGAGUUCUGAAUAUUGCCAGAGGCCACGUUUGGGGAGUACUGCUGCUCUUGCAGCUCGCAGAUCAGAUGAGAACAAAUGCACCAAUGGAAAGCCAAUGCAUCAUAGGCUUUUCUGAAUGGGAAACUUGGCAUCAGGUUUUAGUUCAGUUGCCAUUUCUUAUUUCUGUUUCCCCCCAAUUCUUUUGUGUUUUGUUGAAGGCUUCCUUUCUGCUAAAUAUAUAUUUUUGUAUUUGAAAACUAUAUCAUUCAUAAUGAUCUAUAGAUGUCUGAUAUCAA